AUGACUGCAAGCGAACUGCCAACCGUGGUCAUCCCCCCCAAGUUCAUCCCCGAGCUUAAGAAGCUGUCCGACACUGUCUUGGGGUUCCAGGAGGCCACCGACGAGGUAGGCGGUCUGCUCCAUGCGAGAUCGAGCCAAGCCCCUGACAGAACUUGGGUUGUGUAG